CCCAUCCACUUGGAUCUUGUAUGAGCAUGCGUACGCGCAAUCUUCGUCCGUCUUGGUGUGCGGGGACCUCACCGAAGACUCGAUCUAGGGCAGCCGGAUAAGAUGAACGAACGUACAUGGAGAAUAUAAGGCCCUCACUUAAAGACUCACAUUUCCUCUACCCUUGAGCUGUUAACGGACCAUAUCAAUAUCAUUCAAACAUCUCUAGUUACCCGUAAAAGUUAACUCAUCGUCACGAAUAUGUUCGGCACCAAGUCAGUGCUUGCCGUCGUUCUACUAGCCGCCACAGCGGUUUGGUCGGAAGUUUCGCCAGACGAAACCUGCGGCACGACAAAAGCCGGUAACAACAAGGGCUACACGUGUCCCAGUGAGAAGAAGUGCUGUUCAGCCAGCGGCUACUGCGGUGCGACGGAUGAAUACUGCCUUACGACGGUAGGAUGCCAGGACAAUUUUUCAAACGCAACCAGUGCUUGCAUUGAACCUGUCGAUGGGGAAACCAUCUCUCCGGACGGUACCUGUGGAUCUGAAGGUGCCGGCCAGUACGGGUAUCGAUGUCCUACUGAAGGCGGGACCUGUUGCUCUGCUGCGGGCUAUUGUGGGAACACGACUGAUCAUUGUCUUACCACGAGCGGCUGCCAGUCGACUUACGGAGAGUGUCAAUGAUUGGUGGUAGUAUGGGUCAGGUCCUUUCCAAGUUUGCGCGUCGCGUUAGAAUAAAGGAGAGGGCGCGGAAGUAGGGUUACACAUUUGGAAAAACUAAGACAGAAUCUACAUGGCUUGACACCUAAUGGGGAUGAGUGCGGUGGUAGAGCAUACGUAGAUACCUAAGUAACUACUGUGAUUCACCCCUGUUAGGCUUCUAUCUGUUAUUUGCUGGCUUGAGCAUUAGGCAUGGUUGAAGAAGAAGGAAAAAGAAAAGAAAUAUACGGCGAAAACGAAUUUAUACAUACAUUGCAUAGCAAGCAUUGGUCUCGAGUUGUCUCUUACCAACCUGGUAGCCAAGGUGGGAUCGCGGUUCGGUACUAUCGUCCGCCGUCGUCCGCCGUCCGAUCGCGGCCUGCCGUAUAAUGCCCAGGUAGGGUGGGGAUUGCAAGUUAGGUACCUUCUAAAUCUAGACAACCAC